AUGGCUGAAGCUAGAGAUACAGCAGUGAAGUGUAUAAUAAAAAGUAGUGUCUACAAGGAAUUGAAGAGCCACUCAUGGGAUCUAUACCUGGGGUUAUGCCAAAGUGGUUCAAUAGAAGCAUGUAGAAGAGAACUGGGUGAUGGAUUAGCAUUGCUAUGGUUAUUGCUCACAUAUGGUGUGUGUGACUAUUCACCAGAGACCCAUAUAAUUGGUGCUAGGGAUGGUGCUAGAGAUGGUGUUACCAGAAAACAACCACACAUUGUGCUAAUACUAGCAGAGGAUCUAGGGUGGAAUGACGUAGGAUGGCACAAUGCGGAUCUGAAGAUGCCUAUCCUCAAUCACCUCGCUGCUGAUGGCGUCAUAUUCAACCAAUCAUACGCCCAGCCUGCGUGUACACCAUCAAGAUCUGCUCUAUUUACUGGUUAUUAUCCUUUCAAAAUUCAAAGACAGCAUCAAAUGCUGUUCAGUCUUGAAGCUGACGGGCUUUCAUUAGAUCUUAAGAUAUUACCAGAAAUGCUGAAAGAUGUUGGGUAUAUUACUCACCUUAUCGGAAAGUGGCAUUUAGGAUAUUGUAAGGAAGAGUAUCUUCCAAAUAAACGUGGCUUUGAUUCUUUUUAUGGUUGGCUGGGAGGGGGAACCGACCUAUACACUAAAGAGAAUAUACUCGGUUCAGGAUAUGAUUUCCGCGACAACACCGGAGUGGUACAAGAAAGUGACACGUAUCUCCCAGUGAGUAAUGUCUCUUUGGUUACAAACUUUGAUAUUAAGCCGGAUAUUGUCAGCUUCCAGAAGGAGUAUAACAAUAUCAGCACCAUAUAUACGAAUAUAACUCAGAUCGUAGUGGUGACGUUCAUGCUUGCUGACAGAGCGGUAGAUAUAGUAAUGGGACAUUACAAGGAAUAUCCACUGUUUCUGGAGUUCAGUAUGGCCUUACCUGGAAAAUUUCUUAAGGUACCCCAGGAAUACGAAGAUUUGUAUUCCGAUAUCGAAGAUGAGCGACAAAGGAAAUUUUAUGAGUCUGAUAUUGAUGGUAUGGAUUUGUGGAAGACAAUCUCAAAAGGUGAACCAUCGCCAAGAACGGAAUUUGUAUAUAAUAUCGACGAUAACGAGUUGUCCCCUGGUGCUGCCAUCAGGGUUGGGGAUUAUAAAUUGAUUACAGGAAACCCGGAUUUAUUGUAUCCUUUUCGAUUGUUGAACAGAUCGGGUGAUUGGUACAACUAUGGUGACGAGCCUAUUAGCGGGUUUCCCAUUCCUCCAACUGGAAAUGAACCACCCCCAGCAAACGUGACAUACUUGUUCAAUAUCAUAGAUGAUCCCGAGGAAAGAAACAAUCUCGCCGAAGUAUUUCCCAACAAAGUAGAAGAAUUACGUCAUCGCUUGGAUGAGUAUCGUGAACACCUAGUUCCGCCUGGACCCCGAAUAUUUGACCCAGCGGGUGACGCCGUGAAUUUUGGUGGUGUGUGGUCGCCUGGCUGGUGUUAG